AAUCCAUUGACGCCCUAAACAAAAAUAAGACGCCGGCGAGUGUGUGGAUUCGUCACUUUCCUCCUUUUGUAACCGAACCACUCCAAUAAAAGAAAAUUUCCCGAGAUUAUAAUUUUCUCUUUAAUUCACUUUCUCUCUCUCGUUUCAUCUCUUCUCUUCUUCGGAUUUGUGUUGUGAUAAUAUCAAUCGGAACUCUCGAUUCGUUUUUUUUUUUGUUUCUUUCUGGCGGACCGGUUUGUGGUUUUAUUUGAGCAUUCCCGAUCUUGCCUAGAGUUUGUUCCACGGAUCAGUUUCUUUUAAACCCUUCUCUAGGUUUUGAAUAGCAUUCUCUAUCUCUCUUUCUUCUGUAAACUCCUCAGAUUCUUUCGUAGUUUUUGUAAAAGGUCGAUUUAGGGUUUGUCUUGUGUCUUAAUAAGUUUUCGAGAUCGAGAUUUGUGAUGAAUAAUAAUAACAGAGGAAGGUAUCAACCGGGGGUUGGAACCGGACGUGGUGCGCCGCCGAGUCCAGAUUAUCAUCAGUCGUAUCGUCAGCAACAGCCUCAAGAUCAGCAGCAGCAGUAUGUUCAGCGCGGCUAUCCGCAGAACCCUCAGCAGAUGCAACUGCAGCAUCAACAACAACAGCACCAGCACCAGCAGCAACAGUGGUCAAGACGCCCUCAGAUUCCUGGUAACGCCAAUAACGCUAAUGAGGUUCAGAAGACGUCUCAGUCCGAAGCUACCAGCGAACCUAAUGGCCAAGAUUGGAAGGCUACGUUAAGGCUCCCACCUCCUGACACACGUUAUCAGACUGCGGAUGUGACAGCUACUAAAGGAAAUGAAUUCGAAGAUUACUUUCUGAAAAGAGAUCUGUUAAAGGGAAUUUAUGAGAAGGGUUUUGAGAAGCCAUCUCCAAUUCAAGAAGAGAGCAUUCCAAUUGCUUUAACUGGUAGUGAUAUUCUUGCUAGAGCCAAAAACGGCACAGGAAAGACUGGUGCCUUCUGCAUUCCAGUCCUCGAGAAAAUUGAUCCAAAUAACAAUAUUAUUCAAGCCAUGAUUCUAGUGCCAACGCGAGAACUGGCCCUUCAGACAUCACAGGUCUGCAAAGAGCUUUCCAAGUAUUUGAAUAUCCAGGUAAUGGUCACCACUGGCGGUACUAGUCUGAGAGAUGAUAUCAUGCGACUACAUCAACCUGUACAUCUGUUGGUUGGAACUCCUGGAAGAAUAUUGGAUCUUACAAAAAAGGGUGUGUGUGUUUUGAAAGACUGUGCAAUGCUUGUAAUGGAUGAGGCCGACAAGCUUUUGUCUGCAGAAUUCCAACCUUCUCUAGAGGAAUUGAUACAGUUUCUGCCACAAAAUCGUCAAUUUUUGAUGUUUUCCGCCACAUUUCCUGUCACUGUCAAGGCUUUUAAGGAUCGCCAUCUCCGGAAGCCCUAUGUUAUCAAUCUCAUGGAUCAACUCACGCUUGUGGGUGUCACACAAUAUUAUGCCUUUGUUGAAGAAAGACAGAAGGUUCACUGCCUCAACACACUUUUCUCUAAGCUGCAAAUAAAUCAAUCGAUAAUCUUUUGCAAUUCUGUCAAUCGAGUGGAGCUGUUGGCUAAGAAAAUCACAGAACUUGGUUAUUCAUGCUUCUACAUUCAUGCAAAGAUGGUUCAAGACCAUAGAAACAGAGUGUUCCACGAGUUCCGCAAUGGCGCUUGCAGGAAUCUCGUCUGCACUGAUCUUUUUACUCGUGGAAUAGACAUUCAAGCUGUGAAUGUAGUGAUCAACUUUGAUUUUCCUAGGACUUCUGAGUCGUAUCUACACAGGGUGGGACGAUCAGGACGAUUUGGACACCUUGGAUUGGCUGUGAAUUUGGUGACAUACGAGGACCGCUUCAAAAUGUAUCAGACUGAGCAGGAACUUGGGACUGAAAUCAAACCAAUUCCUUCUAAUAUCGAUCAAGCAAUCUACUGUCAGUAAACUUGUAACCGUGCAUGAAACGUUUCUCCACCUGAAGAGAGACACGGGUUGAUUAAAAUGGUGUUUCUCAAAGCUCGAUGGGGAGGAGAUGAGGCAACAAGUACUUUGGCGGUUCAUGUAAAGACUUGUGUUUACAGAGUUGGUUUGGUUUCUCUGAUCUCUCUAGACUUUUUUUAUAUUUCCUGGUUCAAUGAAACCUUUUUACGUUGCACUUUAUGACUCCUCUUUGACUUGGCUAGUAAUAAAAGAUAGAACGUAUGACCCUCCUCUCUGUUUUGUUUUUGUGUUGGGCUUUGUUUGGAAUUAUGGGCCUCAGCGCAUUUAGGAUUUCUAAAUCAUGAAAGUUGCACUUUGUUUAA